CUUGAAGAAAAUGGCGACUAUUUUACAAAUUGAUUUAUAAGAAAACAAAAGAAGUGAAUAAAUAAGUGCUGAAAGUUACAUAUAAAGAGUGACUUUUAUAACACGUUUUUGUGAUUAAAGACUCGAGUAAAAUUAAGUAAAGGCGACUAAGCAUUUAAUUAACAAUGUGGAGUGGAUGGACUGGUGUCGCUGCAGCGGCUCCCAUGCCUCCCAUACCGGCACCUCAAUGUCCGCCACCUCAGCCACCACCACCGUCGGCCGCCCCACCCCCACCCUCAACUGCUCCUCCAGCACCUUCAGAACCAGCAACUAGCAACACAGCAACCCCGAUUAUAGGGCCAAUGCUUCCUGCUACGGCCCCAGUAACUGCUCCCGUCGCUCCACCAGCUUCAACUGGGCCAUAUGGCCAGUAUACCGAGGCGCAAUACGCCGCAUUGACUCCAGAGCAGCAAUAUGCUUUGCAACAACACUGGCAACAGUGGCAAGCUUAUCAACAAGAAUAUGCUAAGUGGCAUGCACAGUAUGGUGAACAGUACAAGAGAGAAAUGGCUGCAGCAGCGCAAACAGGACAAACUAUGGGUUUAAAUAACUACUAUCAGCAGGCACAGCCGCAGCCACAAAUGCAAGCUCAACAGCAGCCACAAAUGUUGGCACAAGCACCUCAGCAACAUUCACAACAAAAUCAGCAUCAACCACCACCACCGCCUCCCCCUGAUGGGCAACAAGCAAGUGCAAAAUUUCCGUUAACAACUCAACAAUACAACCAACCGCCACCGCCACAGCAGGUACAGCAACAUCCCCAACAAGUGCAGUCCCAUUCUCAACAAGGCCAGUCACAUCCACAACAAGCCCAGACACUACCGCAAACUCAAACUAUUGCUGGUAAUCAAGCUCCACCUACAAUGCAUCAACCACCCCCAGGUGGUCCGUUCGUCAAUAAUAUGAAUUAUUCCCAAUGGCAAAAUCCUUAUCCUCAAUCACAACCACAGCAACAAUACAAUUAUAAUCAACCUCCUCCAAGUUUUGCACAACAGCCGUCGAAUUACGGUCAAAACCCAAAUUUCCAGCAACCACCUCCAAUAAUGAACCAACAACAACCGCAUUCUCAACCACCACCAAAUUCAAAUGCAACACAAGCUAUGCAACAAAAACCUAUGCCUCCUUAUGGUAAUUCAAAUCAACAAAACAAUAGCGACAACAGCAAUAAGAAUCAAUCUUUUCCCGAUCGUAAUUUUGAACGUAACUCUUCUGAACCUAUCGAACCGAAUCCGAAUCAAUGGGGCCCUAAUCCAAAUCUGCAAAACAAUGAAUUUAAUAAAAACCAAGGCGGAAAUAAUCAAUGGAAUUCUAGACAAAAUAACUUUGAAAACAAUUUUGAUAACCCCAGGCCAGGAAAUCAAAGCGGACCUAACAGUUGGGACUCCCGAAGAGAUGAUCGGGGUAAACUUAAUGAUUAUAAUGACAUGUCGAAUGAUGGUAAUAUGGACGAUCCUUUCGAAAGCAACCGAAAUAGCAUGGACGGCUUUGAAACAAAUCCAAGAAAUUCAAACAAUCGAUGGGGUGGUGAAAAUUCUAAUGCAGGAGCUGGUUUCAACGAAAAUCGUACCGAAAACAUCUCUCAAGGUAGACCAGGACAGCAGGGUUUAUCAAAUCAGUGGGGUAAUAAUCGGAAUCAAGGUGGUAUGAAUAACGCCUGGAAUAAUAGGCAACAAGAUGUUCAAGACAGUUUCGAUAAUGGUCGCAGAAACGCGGGAAACUUUAACAACCAGAGAAAUCAGUCUGGCCCUAAUGAUCAGAUCGGAAGAAAUCGUUGGGGUAAUAAUGAUAACCAGUGGUCGAAUAAUAAUAGAAAUAACCGAGAUAAUUUUAAUCAAGGGCCUGGAGGAAGUGGUCGGAAUUUCGAUGGGAAUACAUUCAUGUCUGGUCCAAACAACUUCAAUCAAAGAUAUGGCCAAAAUGAGCGAAACUUUGGGGGAAACUUCAAUCAAAGGCCAGGGGGUAAUACUCGAGACUUUGGGCCCAAUGAAAAUCCUAACCAAAGAUUUGGUGGUAAUGAAAGGAACAUGGGCCCAAAUAAUACUUUUAACGAUGAUGGUCCUAAAGACGAUUUCGCUGAUAUUAAAGAUUCCAAUAUGAGACCUGGAAUAAGAGACCGCAAUUUCGGUAAUAGAAAUAACAGAUGGACGGACGGCAAUGAUUCCAAUUUCGGCGCACACAAUGAUUUAAACCCAGAAGCGGAAGGUCCUGGUAAAAAUAUAAGUCAGCGUAAUCCCUUUAAUUCGAGAUCGCGCUCAAAUGACCGUAACUUUGGUCCUGGAGGCAGUGGAGAUAACUUUGGACCAAAUACUAACUUCAAUCAAGGAAAUCGAGACAAUUUCGGACCAAAUAAUUUCAACCAAGCAAAUCGAGACAACUUCGCACCAAACAAUAAUUUCAAUCAAGCAAAUCGCGGAAACGGUCGCAACUUUCCCAUUGACCCUUUAAAUCGAAAGCCGGGUCCUAAUGAUUUCGGUCCAAACAAUUUUAAUCGAAGGUCAGUUUCGAAUGAACGAAACCUUGGUGCAAGUAAUUUAAGUCAAAGAUCACAUUCUAAUGAACCAGAUUUCGGCCCAAAUAAUUUAAAUCAAAGGUCUAACUCAAAUGAGCGCGCAAGAGAAUCAGCUCCAAAUAUCAGCGUAGGAGGCCAAGGAGAAGGUGUUGCACCUCAAAGCGCAGAUAAAUUGCGAAAUGCGCCAAAUAAAAGUAACCGCGAACCGGAAAUACAAAAUCAGCGUCAAGGUCGCGUUGAAACCGACAGCGGGAACAAACAACAACGGCCCGAUUUGGAUGAAAAGAGUUUUGAUAUGCAGUUCCAACGUUGGGAAGAACAAUUCGAACAAUGGAAGCGUGCUAACGCUAAUCAUCCCGAUAGGGAAAUGUACAGACGAUAUGAACAAGAAUUUGAGAAGCAACGCCAGCGAAUAAUGGAUCGUCGGGAACAAAUGCGACAAAGAAGAUUACAGCAGCAAGGCUUAGAAGCUGAGCCAAUUGGAAAGGAGCCUUGCGUUAAGAACGAUAACUUAGACCCUGAAAAUUCUACUGAAAUGGAUAUAAGCAAAACUCCUGAACAUGAAGACUCUGAAGAUUUGCAUGGUGCACCCGUUGAAGAAGAUGACGGUACAAAUCAGCCUUUCGCGGGCGAAAACAAUAACAUAACUGAAGAAAGCACCGUUAACAAAGACGAAGUAGUUCAAAAAGAAAAAGAGGAUAAGGAUGAAUUGGUAAAAGAACAAACAAAAGUUGAUUGUCCAAAAACAAGCAAAGAAGGCAUCUCAAAAUUUGAGAAAAAAGCGAAUAUUGUUGGUACCUCAGGCAAGCGAAAGAGUCGUUUUAGCGCUCCUACGGAAAGUGUAAAAAUAUCAAAAUUAGACGACCCGACUGUCACUGAAGUGAUAUCCCUUGUGGAUGAAGAUGACGUCAAGGCCGGUGACGUUUCUGGUCCCAUGUGUAAUAUUUUUGGCAAAAGUGAGGGUAUUCCAGGUCUAGAUUUGGUGGGAGGUAGUGGCGCAACCGACACAAUGUAUGAAGAUAAAUCAUACAUGAUUAAGGGUAAUGAAAGUGCUGAAAAGGAAUUGGUUGAAACUUUUGAACCAAAACAGCAAGAGCCACAAAAGCCUGUUGGCAAAAUACCAUCCCUGUUUGAUGUUGUAGUACAAAAACCAGCAGAUUUCGCCAUACAAACACCCAUCAGUGGUGGCAAUGCCGAAGACGAAAUCGAAGGCGAGUGUGAAGGUGAAAAUGAUAAUGAAGAUGAACGCUCUGAUAACAGGCUAGAGGCGGACAAACCGCAAGAAGAGCAACUAAUACAUCCGAAUAUUUCCAAUGCCAUUCCUAAUUUAAAUGAUGCACUUAGAGAUCCCGUAUUCAUGCAGAAAAUUUCGAUGGCCCUGGCUAAAGCUCAGGGCAGAGAGAGUGCGGAUCCAAGUUGUGCGCCACCACCGCAGUUUCUUCAACAAUUACCUAUGUUACUUCAGCAAUUACAAAAACAAAAAUCUGACAUGGAUAAGUCAGAUGGUGGAAAUGGACCUAACAGUGGUGGUAAUGAUCCUACUUUUGGAGGUAAUGAUCCAAACUUCGGAGGCAAUGGACCUAACUUCAGAGGUAAUGGGCCAAACUUUGGAGGUAAUGGGCCCAACUUUGGAGGGAAUAACCGUAACAUGGGAGGAAAUGGUCCCAACUUUGGAGGAAAUGGUCCUAACUUUGGAGGAAAUGGUCCUAACUUUGGAGGAAACGGUCCCAGCUUCAGGGGAAACGGUCCCCCUUUCGGAGGAAAUGGCCCCAAUUUUGGAGGAAAUCGUCAAAAUUUCGGAGGCAAUGGUCCCAAUAAUGGACCAAACCGGCCGAAUUUCGGAGGAAACGCACCAAACUUCCGUGGCAAUGGUCCGAAUUUUGGUGGCAACGGACCUAAUUUUGGCCCGAAUGGACCCAAUUUCAAUAGGUUUGGGCCAAAUGGUCCUAAUUUCGGAGGAGGGAACGGCCCGAAUUUCCGCGGAGAUGGUCCGAACUUUAGAGGUGGCAAUGGUCCGAAUUUCGGUGGUGGUGGUGGUAAUGGGGCAAAUUUUAGCAGAAUGGGUCCCAACGACGAUCGACGUAAUUUUGGCGGUAAUAAUAACAUGGGCGAUCGCGGAGGGCAGAAUUCAUUCCGAAGUGGUCCCGAGGAUAAUGAAAGACAAGGAGGCCCAGAUGGUGGAAACGAUGCUACAGGAACGGACAAUUCGAAUUCUUCAUGGGUUGAUGGCCCAGGAAAUAGCAGAGAUUAUGGAGAUGACUUCUAUCGCCCAGUCCAAGUAAUAGAUUAUCAAAAUAGCACUGUUUCUAUACCAAAAGUAAUCGAUUACGGGCAUAAGGGAGCUAGUACUAGUGGCCCUCCUGGUACUGGUUCGCGUACCAAUCCCUUUCAUACCAGUAUCUCUAGUUUUUCGGAUGAGUUCAAACCAGUGAAAACAUUUGAGUACGGACAUUUGUCCAAUACAGCGGCUAAUAGAAUCGGCAACAUGCCUCCGAAUGCCAAUCCCAAGAAAAAGAAUAAGAAAAAGAAGAAGAAGAAUGCUAUGGCUCAACAAAAUCUCUUAGCACCGCAAUCAUAUGAAAUGCAAGAAACUUUCAAUUCGGACCAGACUGAGAACCAGCAGCUAGCCAAUAUUCAAGCCGAAAAUGAGAAUGAGGACGAGAACUCACAACAGUCUACAAAUCCAAACGAAACAUUCAAUUCCAAUGUGAGUUCCCCGAAGGGAUCCAAUGAAGAACUCGAAGAAAUAUCUGACAACGAAGACAAUUUGGAAAACAACCGUGACAGCGACUCACCAGCACCACCACCGCCGCCAAUGCUAACCACAAAUAGACCGUAUAUGAUGUGUUCAGUGCAGCACAAUGCAACUACACCGACUCGUUCGCUAUUCCCUUCAACGGCUGCUGCUAACGAAAACAUCCCGACAAUUCCCAGCGGACAUGUGCAAAUGUCAUUCCCCAGCAUUGAAAAUAAGAAUACCAUAACAGUUGAUGAAAUUUUGCUCAAUCCAGGCCGUUUAACUCGGCCCAAAAAGGUGUGUGUAAUAUUACGCGGCCCUCCUGGCAGCGGCAAGUCACAUGUCGCAAGGCUGAUUAAGGAAAAGGAGACCGAAAUGGGUGGGAGUAAUCCACGCGUUUUAAGUAUCGACGAUUAUUUUUUGAUUGAAAAUGAUUACGUGGAACGUUGCCCAAAAACAGGCAAAAAGAUACCGAAAAAAGAAGUUCUAUAUGAGUACGAUGCCGGAAUGGAGGAGACGUACAUGCAAUAUAUGAUAAAAUCAUUUAAGAAAACAAUUUCCGACAAUUUAUACGAUUUUAUCAUAGUUGACUGCAAUAACAAUUCGUUGCGAACAUUAAAUGAAUUUUAUUGUCACUCAAAAGACUCGGGUUUUAUGCCUUAUAUAGUUGACUUGAUUUGUGAUUUGGAGACCUGCCUGAGUCGCAACAUACAUGAACGUUCUGAGAAGGAUGUUAAGACAGUAAUCGAUAGUUGGAAGCCCACGCCGCUACAUUAUAUCAAGCUCGAUGUGUCAUCCUUGCUGGAGAACCUUGUAGAGAUGGAGGAUGCGGAGGACAUGGUUAUGGAUAAUAACAGCAAUAGUGGUGCGCCAGAUGAUUGUAGUUUAACGCAGCCACAAGCAGAUAACGAAACUGAGGAUAGCAAUAGCAACGAAGCCGCUGCUGAUACUGAAACUAGUUUUGGAUUCUUGAAGAGCAAAUGGGAAAGUGACACUACAUCGGAAAGUCUAGCUCGUUUGGAUGGUACGAAUAAGCUGAUGCAUAAACGUAAAGCGGCCACAAUGGAGGAUUUCUUGCAAGUGGACGAUUGGCAGCCGCCCAAAACCAGUACCAAUGGGAAGAAACGCGUACGCUGGGCGGAUAUCGAAGAGAAGCGUGCACAAGAAAAAAUGCGGGCAAUAGGCUUUGUUGUGGGCCAAACAGAUUGGAAACGUAUGAUGGAUCCAAAUGCCGGAAAUCGCGCUUUAAAUAAAACUAAAUAUAUUGAGCGAGUCAAUAAACGGCGAUAGCUUGCGCAAUUACAUACGAUGAUAUUGAUUACGAAUUAUACAUUUCCACAUAAACGCUGUUUACUCAUACAUACAUACAUACAUACGUACUAUGUAGUAUAUUAUUAAGCAUAUGUUUUGAAUGUUUGGUUAUGAUAGUAGUGGGUUUUGGCGCAUGCAUGAAUGCAAUUGCCCUUGUAUCUAUUUAUUAAGAAAAUUUACGUCAAGGAUUAAAAAAUUUUAAAACAUA